AUGCCCAAGUCUGAAGCAGCCAAACUGCUCUCCCUCGGUGGUGCCGCAGCUGCCCUCGGCGGAGCCUAUAAAGUCGGCGAGUUCCUCCACAAAGCGAAGCGUCUCCGCGAUGUCGGCCCCUCGAAUGCUGUUUACGUGCGCAUGAUCAACCGCGUGCGCACCGAUCUCGACGAAGUCAGGCGCCUUCUUACCGUCCGUGAGGUCCACGAUGCGCUCGAAGCGAACCCCGAGAAGGCGAAAUGGGUGUAUGGAGCCAUGCGGGAUGUGCGCGGUGCCAUCGAGAACAUCACGCCGCACACAGAGCGCGUGGCUUCUGACAUCGACGAUGGCCGUCGAGUGGGCCUGCGACACCGUGUCUACUGGCUUGUUAGCGAGAAGGAGAAGCUGGAGAAUCGGGAGAAAGAGCUGACGACCGCGCAUGCCAGCUUAACUGAGGUGCUUGGAUAUUUGACAUCGCUGGAGCCGGAGAAGCAGGAGCAGCAUGGGAAACAUCAUCACACUACAAAGAACGUUGACGUUGACAUUGACAUUGAUGUCAGGCGUGAGGGGCCGGACAGGAUCGACAGGGAGGUCUGGGUUGAGCGGGAUGACCGCGCUCCUAGGAGGGUUGUCGAGGAGCGCGAGACGUGGGUUGAGCACGAGCAUCGUGGACCUCGCAGGGUCGAAGAGCAUUAUGUUGAGCAUGAGCGUGGGCCCGGUCGCUAUGACGAGCGGGAGACAUGGGUUGAUGAGCGCGGCCCUCGACGUUACGAAGAACGCGAGACCUUUGUCGAGCGCGGCCGCGACCCACGAUAUGAAGCUCAGCACCACGAUGAGGGCUACUACGACGACCGACGCGUUGAGGAGCGCGAAUUGCACGUUGAGCGUGACCCGCGAGACCCGCGCCACGUGGAAGCCAGCUACUAUGAGCGUGGCCCAGGACGCUACGAGGAGAAGCACUACGAAGAGCGCCGCUUCAACGAGCCGCUUGGGCGCCGCCCCGAGUCGUUUGAGGACCGCGUCCCGGAGCGGGAGACCUGGAUGGAGAGCAACAGUCGCAGGCCACCGCCCCCGCAGCAGUACGGCAGGUACGGAGAGUACGCGGAAUAUGGAGCCCCUCAGCCCGUGGGAGCGGCGGAUUACCGACGUAAGUUUCGGGGAGACCCGGGGUUCGGGGAUGAAGAGGUGCUGAAUCCCCAAAUAGUGCCGCCUAACAGAGGCUAUGAGCGCGAGGUUUGGAUUGAGGAAAAGGAGGACUACAGGUAUGACAAGUAUGGCAACCGGCUGCCUGACCGAUACUUCCCCAACGCCCAUCCACGGAGCCGUCUGUAG